AUGACUGAACCAUGGUGUCGGGGGAGUGUUAAUUCUAGAUUGAGAGGACCCCAGAAACAAGAAGCGUACUCUACUACAAUUAACGAUCUUAUGUUGCCUAAUGAGAAGCAGUGGAAUUCUGAAGCUGUUAGUUCUAUCUUUGAUGUGGUAGAUACAGAAUUAAUCUUACAGGUGCCUCUCUUGGAAGAUGUUACAACGGAUACUUUAAUUUGGAAGGAGGAACAGGAUGGAAAAUAUAGUGUUCGAUCGGGCUAUCGACUAUGGCGUAAUGCCUUUCACCGCCAUGCAAAUGGGAACAUUUCAGAAGAUUGGAAUAGUAUUUGGAAUAUUGUAGCACCUCCAAGAGUGAAACAUCUUUUAUGGAGGAUUUGUUCAGGUUGCCUUCCGACUCGUUCUCGCCUUCGGCAACGGUGGAAUGAUUGGUUUCAUGCUCAGGAUGUUAGCGGUAAUUCUGGUCAUGUACAACAUGAGGUAGAGUGGAGGCCUCCGCCAAUGGGUUGGAUUAAAUGCAAUGUUGACGCAGCUUUUAAUAAUAACAAUGGUACUACUAAUAGAGGCUGGUGUAUGCGCAAUCAUUUGGGGAAUUUAAUCAGUGCAGGUACAUCUUGGGAUCCUGGAUCUCUUAGUGUUAUUGAAGCGGAAGCCUUAGCCCUUAAAGAGGCUAUCCUUGGAGCCAUCUCGAUGAAUCUGAAUUAUGUCAUUUUUGAAAGUGAUUGCCAGAGAGUUACUCAAGCGGUACACUCCAACAAUAAGGGCGCUUCUGAAUUUAGUAUUAUCCUUAGAUCUAUUUCUGAACUUCUUCAAUCUUUUCCUAACUUUGACGUUAAGUUUACUAAACGUCAAGAGAAUAUGGUUGCUCAUUCACUUGCAAGGGCGGCCAAUUCAUGGACUAGACGUAGUAUUUUGAAUUCGAUUCCUCUAUGUAUUGAACACAUUUUAUUGAAUGAAAGUCAUUGA